CAUGUGUACACGAGUUUGUAACCCGGAAGUACACCUGACCGGUCCGUUCAAAACACACACUAGCACGCUGAUAGCUAAAGAGUGGUCGAAUGAGUUAAACAUGUCCGAAGGAGACGAUUUAUUUGACAGCAUUUUUCUUGCUGAUGAACGUUACAGAGGAGAAGGCUACCGUGAGGGAUUUGAGAGAGGACGGUCCCGAGGACUACAGGAGGGUCGCAGACAUGGAGCCUCUCAUGGGGCGAAGCUGUCCUGUGAGAUUUCCUUCUAUCACGGCUUUGCAGUUACAUGGAAAUGUCUCCUUCAAAAUAGCACAGAUGUCAAAUCCAGGAAGCGUCUAAAAGCUGUAGAAAGUCUCCUGGCUUUAUUCCAGUCCUGUUCCUAUGACGACCCAGAGUCUGUGUCGCUGCAAGACAAUGUGGAGAAGCUUCGAGCCAAGUUCAGACAGGUCUGCUCCAUGUUAAAUGUCCCGGCUGACUUCAAGGAUUACAUCAAAACCUCGCAGGGGACCUCCUUUUGAAUCAUCUGGAGACCUCUGCACAAAAGACAAAGAAGUGAGAGACGCUGUGAGUGGACUCAUUUAAUCAUCUAUCAACAUCUCUCGACAACCCUCCCCUUCCCCUGCCCCCCAGUAAUGCUGAGGUCACAUGUCAAACACGACGUCUGCGAGCCACCGUGUCAGUUUAUGUUGCACAGCAGUAAAUAAUGUUUGAUAUCCAGUCACAGCCCAGGUGUGAGACAUGUUGCUGUACUUUGUCUUGUCAAUAUAAUUUUAAUAUAGUGUAAAAAGUAUUUAUAUACUAUAUAGUAAUGUCAUUUUAAAGUUACCUCAGUUUUGUUGUCUAUUUUUACUUUCAUGUCAAAACUGUAAAGCCCAGUCAGGCAAAAUAUGUUUUUCUAGAAUUUGAUUUGAUUAUACAAAUAAACUUGACUCGACUGGA